UACUUAUUGAAAUUGAUGACUCUUGACUCUGCUGCUGAAUGAAUUAUAUACCAAAAGUAGUCAUCUCAAAAUCAGGUAUAACAAUUUCAAACUCCUCUCUUUUCCAUCCCUUUCUUUUACAUACCCUUCAACCCAUCAAAGAAGAUUUAGCAGCAUAUCCAAGAUGUCUGAUUGAAGAUAUGGUUGGUUUAUGCAAUUGCACACAAUAUUUUAGAUCGAUGACAUUGUUGUAGACGACAAAAAUAGUUAUAAAUUAAUUUUUAACAUUGGAGGUGAUCACCCGUGCAACUAGCUACCCAGAAACAUGUCAGAAGAAGGACAUGAGAUUCAUAACAAUUAUAUUCAGAGUGAGGACCUGCAGCUGGUUGAGGAAAGUGAUAAUUCAUCUGGUUCUUCUAAAAAAUGGUCUUCCUUUGAUUUGAAUGAAGAAGCUACAAGUGAAGAUAACAACCAUGAAGCAACACUUGAGGAGAAUGAGAAUGAGAAGGAAAAUAUUGAAGGUAAUAGUAGAUCAAGAGAAGGAAAUAAUGAAAGAAGAGGCAAGGUUAGACAUUAUGUUAGAUCCAAGAUGCCUAGGUUAAGGUGGACUCCUGAGCUUCAUCAUUCUUUUUUGCAUGCUGUUGAAAGACUUGGUGGUCUAGAAAGAGCAACACCCAAGUUGGUGCUUCAGUUAAUGAGUGUGAGAGGACUCAAUAUUGGUCAUGUCAAGUCUCACUUGCAGUUUUCAUUUCAGAUGUAUCGAAGCAAGAAACUUGACGAGUUCGGACAAGUACUAUGCCAAACACAAAGGUCAACACAAGAAGUAGGUAGAUCUCAGAAACUCGAUCUAAGUCAACAUUUCAAGAUGGGUAAUGGUGGUAUUAUUCUAUCAAGUAGUUACAACGAGCAGCAUCAUAAUCCUCAGUAUUUCCCAACUCUCCUGAAGCCAUGCCCUUCCUUCUCCUUAUCACGUAAUUAUUCACAUACAAACUCAUCUCAUCAUGAUGAUUCAAGGCACCAACAUUGGCACUUCAAUCAUCAACCUUUUAAAUUUGCACCCGUGACACCAACCCAAUUUCUUGAAGAGAAAAAUUGGUCUCCAUUUGAAAUCAUGAACAAUAUUCAUCAACCGGAAUUCAAAAGGCUACUUUCCAAUGUAACUUCUAAAACUUGGUCAAAACCUAUUGAGAAAGUUGAAUGGAACAACACAAGUAGUAGUAUUACAAAUAAUACAGAAUAUCUAUUGAAGUCCAAAGAACCUUGCACCUCUUCCACAAGUUUAUUGCUACAAUUUGAGGCCCCAUUUCGGAUCAAGUUGAAUCAAGAGAAAGUACAUAAAGAUGAGAAAAGAUUAUUGCCUGAUUUGCAACUAGGUUUGAGUCACAUAUAUGGAAACAAUGAUGGUAAGAUUGAUCAUUGCAGAGAGACCAAGGAAAUUAGCACAAAGUUAUCACUUUCUUAGAAUUCAUGUUGCUACAAGAUAAACAAAUACACGAUUCAUGUUGCUACAAGACCAAAUUGGUGGACUUUAGGAUAUAUAAUAGGACUUUUUUUUUUUUUUUUUGUGUCUAUAUGCUUUUGAUUUUGAUCCAUAAUGAAAUUAAAAGUUUAUUUUUUCUUCGUUUCUCAUAGGUUACCUCACUCAGGAACAUAAUGAUAGGUAGAGAAAUAGAGAAUUCUCUAAUUUCUCUAAGAAACUUGUUACUUGAUUGGCAAAAUGUUUCGUGAUUAUAUAGCUUAAUUUAUUUA